AAAAAAAGUUUCACUUGUUGUGAGGUUAUAAAAAAGGUGAAAUUCUUUUCGACAUUUCAAGAUCUUAUUGGAAACAUGGCUUCGACUUCAACAGUGCUAUUUUUUAUUGUUCUUCAACUCACACAGAAUAUAUAUUUCUCUGCAGCUUGCAAAGUGUAUUGCUGUGCACAUGAAUCUAAAUUUACGGGGACCGCUGCCGGUGCUGAGUCAUCCAUCCCUGAAGCAGAAGGACCCCAGCCAACUGAUGCUCCAAGACAGGAGGAGAAGAAAUCAGAAGAAGAUCUGAAAUAUGAAUACAUGAAAUAUUUCCUCUUUGGAGCCGGUGUUGGUACAGCUUUGGUUUUGGUGCCUCCUUUGCUGCCAGCUGUUGGUUUAAAAUCUGCAGCUACAUAUGCAGCUUUGCAAGGAAGCAGUGUAGGACUUGGAAGUACUGCAGGACUUGGAAGUACUGUAGGACUUGCUGUUGCAAGCGCUACUUCUUCCGUUUCCUCUCUAUUUCCAUUUUUUACAAAAGAAACGAAAUCCUCAAAUCUUCCUAUUCUUCAUGGCUGUAUGUGUUGUUCUUAACAUGGAAUUAGUGUUCAGCUGUGCCUACUGUUUUGCAAAAUUUCGGAUUUAUUAUAUCUGACACAAACUGCCAAAAGAGUGGACCUAAUUCUUAACAUGGAGUCAAUAUCUGUAUACAAUACAUUUUAAAAUUCUAACACUCGUAAAUAAAAAUUUAUAUCAGCACA